CAAAGUUCUCGAUUUACAAGUUCAUCGCUGAUCAAUUGAUUAUUGUGUUUCUUGUAUAACUGGCAUAAUUUGAGAUAUGUAUGCCAAAGGUGAAGCAAUUUUUUCAAUGACUCGCAUGGGUGAAUCGUAUCUGUUCGUAGACACCGAAUGUGGAUGCAGCUUAUAUAUAAAAGAACGAAAUCAGGCACGUAUAAAGUGCAAAGUUGUGUCAGAGUAGACAAAUAAUAUAAAGUAAUGGGGAUAAAGCAGCGAUAUGGAGACGAUGGUUGACGAUACUGCGAAACAUUUUAACGGUCAAUUAACCUUAAAUAUAUAGAAGAGGACUAAUGCACGUGGACUUUAUAAAAAUAUAUGACAAUUUUGCUACAUUAAAGUACUAUUCUGAAGCUCGCAGCGUUUGUUUACCUAUGUUGAAUUAACCAGUGAACGUUCGAAAAUUAAUACUCUCUGGCCGCUUCACCCUCUCGUGCAAUAUUCUUGACGAUGGAAGUACUGAUGCACGAGGUGAGCAAUGGCCAGGGGACAAACAUAAUCGAUACGAAGAUUUAUACCUCACCUAAACUGCCAGUGAAGAAGAUGGAGAAUGCACAAGUCAAGGAUGGAGCACAUUUCAUGGAAACCGACUCAAUGGACACCGUUGAUAUGAUCUUUGAAAACAUCACGUAUACGGUGUCUCUCGGUUAUAGGAAAGGUCAAAAGGAGAUAUUACAUGGAAUCAAUGGAAGACUUCCAGCGAGACAUUUAAUCGCCUUAAUGGGUCCUUCCGGAGCAGGGAAGUCGACCUUGCUGGAUAUUCUGUCGGGAUUCAGGACGACUGGUGUGAACGGCACUGUCUACGUUAAUGGGCAUGCUCGACAAAUGAACUCUUUUCGAAAAUGUAGUGCAUACAUCUCCCAAGAUGACCGUUUAGAGGGUCUAUUAACGGUCAUGGAGAACAUGACAGUCGCAAGUGAUCUUAAGCUGCCUACAAACACCCCCAGAUACGAAAAGGAAGCGAUAAUUGAAAAAAUUCUCACUACCUUGGGUCUCUAUGAGCAUAUGAAUACUCAAGCGGGGAGGUUAAGCGGCGGGCAAAAGAAAAGAUUGUCCAUUGCUUUAGAGUUGGUCAAUAAUCCGACUGUUAUGUUCCUCGACGAACCGACAACGGGUUUGGAUAGUUCAUCAUGCAUGCAAGUGAUAAAUUUGUUGAAAUUACUUACGCGACAAGGAAGGACGAUUGUCUGCACAAUUCAUCAGCCUAGCGCAUCGAUGUUUCAGCUGUUCGAUUUGGUUUAUGUUCUGGCGAAAGGAGAAUGUUUAUUUCAUGGUGCAACUAGUCAAUUGGUUCCGUAUUUGGAAAAUAUCAAAAUACCGUGUCCUGUGUAUCACAAUCCAGCUGAUUAUGUAAUUGAGCUGGCUUGCGGUGAAUACGGAGAAGACAAAAUAUCAUUAUUAAUAUCGGGUUCGGAGAAUGGCAAGAGUUUGCAAUGGUUCCAGAAUUUGGACGCUCUGAUAGAUAUGAACGGUCUGAGGGCAUUACAUUCAGUCCAGAAAAAUAUAAAUUCAAAUAACAAAAAUUCUUCAAGUCUUCAAGCUACGCCCUUGAUACAUCAGAUAAAAAUAUUGCUGAAACGAGGUUUUGUGAUAUGUAAAAGAGAUACUACAUUAACACACUUACGAAUCGUAGUUAAUAUAGCAGUCGGUUUAAUGCUCGGCUUGGUUUUUAUUGAAAGUGGUAUGGAUGGUGCUAGAGUGUUAGAUAAUUAUAACCUUUUGUUCUCUAUUCUGAUGCAUCAUAUGAUGACUACAAUGAUGCUUACCGUAGUAACUUUUCCCAUGCAAAUGAAUAUUUUAUCAAAAGAACACUUUAAUAGAUGGUACAAUUUAAAAGCGUUUUAUACUGCCAUAACGUUGAUUGACUUACCCCUUUCUAUAUUCUGCUGUCUAAUUUUUACCGUGAUAGUAUAUUUUAUCACGUCACAGCCGUUAGAAAUAUCACGGUUCCUGAUGUUUUUCUCUAUUAGUUUAUUAAUUGUUUUGAUAGCUCAGGGAGCUGGUCUUAUGAUUGGAGCAGUAUGUAAUGUAGUUAAUGGGACAUUUCUAGGACCAACUUUAUCUGUGCCAAUGAUGAUGUUUGCUGGUUUCGGCGUGUCAUUACGUGAUAUACCAAUUUAUCUCAAAUGGGGAACAUACAUUAGUUUCUUGCGAUAUGGCUUAGAAGGAUUCAUUGGUGCCAUAUACGGAUAUGACCGACCAGUGUUACUCUGUAAAGAAAAAUACAAUUUGUACUGUCAUUAUAGAUAUCCGACAAAAUUUCUCUCCGAUAUUGCCAUGGACGGUGAUCAAUUUUGGAAUGAUAUUGUGGCGCUCAUCACAAUACUCCUUUUAAUGCGGAGUUCUGCUUAUUUUCUUCUUAAGUGGAAGAUUAUGUCUGUCAGAUAAACCGAUUAAAACCGUUUUUUAAUUAAGUUCCAAAGUGAUUUUCGGAAAUAUUGUUUCAACUUUUCAAUCAUGAUCGAUAAAUGAUUGGUAUUUUAAUAUAGGACAUUGUUACAGAAAGUGAGAAAUAUAUUUGCGUUUGUUUCAUUUCACAAGUACGGAAUAGUGUUUUGUAACAAAAUAAAAUUAUAAGUAUAUCUUUAGAUAUUGUUGACACGGUUGUUAAAA